UCUGAGCAGGAAGCCGCAUCUUCACGGGCCCGCGGGGAGCCUGGGGUCGCGCGGAGCGCCCGACGAGCCUUCCCCGGCGGCCGCCUGCCCACCCCGCCGGGCGCUUCGAAUCAGGUCCCCCAGCCACGACUUACCUGCGGGCCCCCAGAGGAUGCUCGGGCCGCUAGCCCGCUAGCGGGGACCUCGGGGCAGUCGCGAGGAGGGCAUCCAGCCCCCGACUCAGCUCCGCCGCUCCCGUCCCAGGGGCGCCCCCGGCGGGGUGAGCAUGGUGAUUUCCCUUCGGAGCCCCCUGCCUCGGGACGUCUGAGAAGAUGCCUACCAUGAGGCUGCUCACUUGCUUCCUGCAGCUCGUGGCAGGGCUGGCGCUGCCUGCGGUGUCUCCCCAGCCGCCGGCUCUGUCUGCUGGGAACAACUCGUCACAGACGAAAGUGAUGCCCUUCCAGGUAGUGUGGGGCCGCAGCUACUGCCGGGCAAUGGAGAAGCUGGUGGAUGUCUUGUCGGAGUACCCCCAGGAGACGCAGUACAUGUUCAGCCCCUCCUGUGUCCCCUUGCUGCGCUGCACGGGCUGCUGUGGGGAUGAGGCCCUGCACUGUGUGCCGGUGGAGACGACCAACAUCACCAUGCAGAUCCUGAGGAUCAGCUCCGAGCAUCGGUCCUCCUACGUGGAGAUGACAUUCUCCCAGCACACACACUGCACGUGCAGGCCGGUGUCGCAGAUAACGAAGCCAGAAAGGAGGAGACCCAAGGGCAGUGGGAAGAGGAAGAAAGAGAAGCAGAGACCCACAGACUGACGCCUGUGAGCUGAUCCUUCUCCCCCAAGAUAACCAGCCCCUCGGAGGAGAGAGACGCACACCCGGCUCCUGUAUUUAUUAUCGUCACACUCUCAGUUACCUCCUUGCUGGCACCUGCCCUCUAUUUAUUAGCCAAUUGCAUCCCUGCUGAAUGACUCCUCCCUCCAAGAUGAGGGGCCUGGAGGGACAGGACCCUCAGGAAUUCAGUGCCUUAAGCAGAACGUGAGAGAAAGAAGACAGCCAUGGCCCGUGUGUGCUUCAGCUUGGGAAGAAGCAAGACGUGACUUUGUGAGGGGCAAGCCGGGCUCCAGAGGCCUGAGGGGCCCCCAAGGGGCUGGAGAAGGAAGAAGAGGAAAAACCCACCGCCUGUCCCUGGGACUUGGGCUCUACACGGACAAGCAGGCCAUGACCCAGGCUGCGUGGGAAGGCAGGCAGGGGGUGAGGGGCCCUGUGGCUUCCUCCUCCCCCUGGCAGCGGCUGACCCUGGAGAGCGGAACACUCAGCUCUGGAGAACAUCGGUCGCCCGGGGCCUUGGCCACUCCUCGUCCCCUACGGUUUCUCCUCACAUCUCGCCACAGCUUGUACUGGGACAUGGUUCUUUGUGGCCAAGGAAGGCUUCGCCAUCCUGCCCCUCUCAGGGACACAGGCAACGAGGGGGCCCAGGCUGGGCAUGGAGCACGCUGCCUGCAUGGCUGUCUGGCUGCCGAGCCAGAUUCUCUUGAAUAAAGUUAUUCUAGUCUGGAAA